UAAUGCCAACAACCCACAGAUUCCAGUUCUAUGACUCUGGUCUGAAGUAAGCAAGGAACAGCACAUUAGGAAGAACUGAACAUCAAACAUACAUAGUGUGUUUCUGUGAAGCAGAACUUUGUUUAAAGGUUUAUACUUACCUAGGUAUAAGUAUUUCUGCUUCCCGUUGGAGACAGUUAUUCAGCCUCUAUGGCCUUUCACGAUCUCCUGAAUCUGGUCGGAGGCAUGGGGAGAUUUCAAAUCCUUCAGGUGGCUUUCUUUCUGAUCUGCAAUAUGAUGGUGGCACCUCAUGUACUAUUGGAAAACUUCACUGCAGCGAUCCCUGGUCAUCGAUGCUGGGUCUCCAUCCUAGACAGUGGCAACGUCUCUGACAAUGACAGCAGGAUCCUGAGCCAAGAUGACCUCCUGAGAAUCUCCAUUCCCUUGGACUCCAACCUGAGGCCAGAGAAGUGUCGUCGCUUUGUUCAACCACAGAGGUAUCUCCUACAUUCUAAUGAUACCUUCUUCAAUGUGACAGAGCCAGAUACAGAGCCCUGUAAGGAUGGCUGGGUGUAUGACCAAAGCACUUUUCUCUUCACCAUUGUGACUGAGUGGGACCUGGUGUGUGGAUCUCAGGCAUUGAGAUCAGUCGCUAAAUUUGUGAUCUUAUUUGGCGUUUUGACAGGAAGUAUCCUAGGUGGCCACAUAUCAGACAGGUUUGGGAGGAAGUUAGUCUUCAGAUGUGCUUUACUCCUAAUGGCCAUCACUGGGACCUGUGCAGCUUGGGCUCCCACCUUCCUCAUCUACUGCUCACUUCGAUUCCUGAUAGGGAUUUGUGUUCUAGUAACAACCUCAAAUGGUCUUUUUCUCAUGAUAGAAUGGACAAGCCCUAAAUUCCAAGCCUUGGUGACAACACUGUGGGGAUGUGCUAAUGCUUUUGGAAACACAGCAAUGGCAGGCCUGGCAUUUGCAUUUCAAAACUGGCAGCACCUCCAGCUGGUAAUGUCUGUGCCACUAUUUUUCUUCCUUAUACCUACAAGGUGGGUGUCAGAGUCAGCUCGGUGGCUUAUUGUGACUAACAAACCCCAAAAGGCCUUAAAGGAACUUCGAAAAGUUGCAUGCAAGAAUGGAAUGAAGAAUUCUGAAGACAUCCUUACCAUGGAGGUUGUGAGAACCACUAUGAAGAAAGAAUUAGAGGUUGCACACAACAAACCUUCUCUGCGUGACUUGUUCCGCACACCCAACUUGAGAAGGCGUGUGUUUCUCCUGUCCAUUUUGAGAUUCAUAUCAGUGAUACCUCUUGUUGGCUUCAAUGCCCACCUCCACCACCUGACAAGUAAUACCUUUCUAAUUGUAUGUAUCAGAGGGGCAGUGUCAAUCCCAACCAGUGUUGCUGGACUAUUUUUCCUGAAUCACUUUGGCCGAAGAAUAAGUCAAUUAGUUAUUUGUUUCCUGCUUGGAAUCUUCAUUCUGGGCACAGUGUAUGUGCCUCAAGAAAUGCAAACCCUGAAAUCCAUUUUGAUAACACUGGUGGCAGUAACUUCAACUGUGGCUAUGAGCAGUUUUCAUCUGCAUUCAAAUGAGCUUCUUCCCACCGUGAUCAGGAAAUCCAAGCUGCAAUAUUUGUGGUGUAAAAGCUUAAUUAAAAUUGUUAUAUUCGGAGGGGCAAGAUGGCGGCGCCGGGAGGACUCUCAUUCUGAGCAGCAGCACAGCAGGAUCAGCACAGUGACCAGCAAUCAGAACUCUCGGCCAUAAAACACAGUCAUUGUGUUUCCCAGGUGUCUAUCAGAAGAUGUGGCCCGGAUUAGAGAUGUGUCUUCCUGCUUCAAGAUCCAAAUAAGGGCUUGUGUCUUCUUACCUCAAAGAAUUCCAUAACACAGAGGAGGAAAGAAAGCUCAUACCUUGUAGGUAUAAGGAAGAAGAAUUUUGGUACAGUCAUUGCCAGAUGAAGGUGGUGCCAGUUUGGAAAUGUAAAAGCCAGGUCUGCCAAUAUUAUGUGUCCAAUAGCACCAGCACAUGAUAACAGCAGUGCCACCACGGCUAGGAAUUUAGGGCUUGUCCAUUCUAGAGAAAAAGGUAUAUUGACUUAAGAAAGAUUUCCAGGGUCAAAACCAAAAUUUGAACAAGGUCCUAUUUCAAAACCUUUAACUUACUGACCAAGGAACUAUUUGCUAAUACACCAUCAACAGACAGUCCUGAGAGGAAUCCAAUUUAGCAGUAGUGAGAAAGGUGAGAGCAAACGCUGCACAGGUCUCAUUGAAGGCCUUUUGCAGUAAAAUACAUGUGAAAAUGAACUUCCUCCCAAACCUAAAGAAAAGGGAGAAAUUAAAUUUUGGAAACAGUGUAGUUUACAUGAAACAUUAAGAUGGAUAUAGUUACAAAUAAUAAAUAAUUAGAAAUAACCAAGAGUGUGUAAGCUCAAAAGAUCUUUUUCCUUUUUUAUAAAUAAAUAUACAUAGUGAAACAAG